GGGCGCCCGGAGGAGGCGGCUGCGGCGCGGGACGGGACGGGCGGCUGCGUCUCCACGUGCUCCUCGCGGCGGGUUGAAACCGUUGGCGGGCGCCGGCGGAGAGGACAAGACUUCAAACCUAUCUUGGAUAGAGAAUAGAUACUUACCCAUUUAGGUAAAAAUGGUAUUUUUUACAUGCAAUGCAUGUGGUGAAUCAGUGAAGAAAGUACAAGUGGAAAAGCAUGUGGCUGUUUGCAGAAACUGUGAAUGCCUGUCUUGCAUUGACUGUGGUAAAGAUUUCUGGGGUGAUGACUACAAAAACCAUGUGAAAUGCAUCAGUGAAGAACAAAAGUAUGGUGGCAAAGGUUAUGAAGGUAAAACCCACAAAGGUGAUGUUAAACAGCAGGCAUGGAUUCAGAAAAUUAAUGAAUUAAUAAAAAGACCCAAUGUCAGCCCCAAAGUGAGGGAACUUUUAGAGCAAAUUAGUGGUUUUGACAACGUUCCCAGGAAAAGGGCAAAAUUUCAGAACUGGAUGAAGAACAGUUUAAAAGUCCAUAAUGAAUCUGUUCUGGAGCAGGUGUGGAAUAUCUUUUCUGAAGCUUCCAGCAACGAAGCAGUCAGUAAGGGUCAAGCCCAGCAGCCACUCGCCCAGGUGGCCAGCCCGCCCCGCGCAGAGCUCUCUGCCAAGGUUCUAGCCGUUGGAACAAAUGACCCCACAGAAAAGCAAGCAGAGGUAAAGAAGAAUAAAAGAGAAAGGAAGGAAGAAAGGCAGAAGAAUAGAAAGAAAGAGAAGAAAGAACUAAAAUUAGAAAACCACCAAGAGAAUUCGAAAGGUCAGAAGCCUAAGAAGCGCAAAACAGGCCAGGAGGCCGGAGAGGAGGCCCCUGCCUCUGCAGGGAAGAAGAGCCAGAGCAAGGCGGGUGAGGCCAAGGGAGCUGCUGACAGAGCUGAGGAGGGAGACGCCGAGGAGUCCAGGAAAGCCCGGCCUGGGAAGAGAAAGCAGAAGCACUCGGAAGAUGACAUAGAAUCUAAGAAGAAAAAGAUAAAGCUCUCAGGACCUUCAGAGGGUGGAGAACCAGAGGACCACGAAUCUCCUGCAAAAGGUAAAUUCAACUGGAAGGGAACUAUUAAAGCAGUUCUGAAACAGGCCCCAGACAAUGAACUAGCAAUCAAAAAGCUGAGGAAAAAGGUCUUGGCACAGUAUUACGCAGUCACGAAUGAGCAUCACAGAUCGGAAGAGGAGCUCCUGACCAUCUUUAACAAGAAAAUCAGCAAGAACCCCACCUUUAAGUUACUAAAGGACAAAGUCAAGCUUUUGAAAUGAGCAUUUUUAUAUUUGAAAAUUUAAUCCAUCCUGUUGAUUUCUUUCACUACUGUUUAUAAAAUAUGUAAUGACGUGUAACAACUCCCAAUUUUGCUUUCCAAAGCUGUAUUUUUAAGUUAAAGAAAAAGUCUAUUUUUGGUAGAACUUUUAUGAGAAAAUAUA